AUGAGGCAUAGGAGUGAUGGAGAUUCCGGUGAACCAAGUUCGAGCGGCGGAAUCAAGCAAUUCCCGGUGGCUGCUCAGCCGGAGAUUAUGAGAGCAGCCGAGAAAGACGAUCAGUACGCCUCUUUCAUCCACGAAGCCUGCCGCGAUGCCUUUCGACACCUUUUCGGUACAAGAGUCGCUCUAGCUUACCAGAAGGAGAUGAAGCUUCUUGGACAGAUGCUUUACUUUGUUCUCACGACAGGUUCUGGCCAGCAAACUUUAGGAGAGGAGUACUGUGACAUUAUACAGGUUGCAGGACCUUAUGGACUCUCUCCUACACCAGCUAGACGUGCUUUGUUCAUUUUGUACCAAACUGCAGUUCCAUAUAUCGCAGAGAGAUUAAGCUCUAGAGCUGCCACGCAAGCUGUCACCUUUGCUGAGUCUCAGUCUGAUGGGUUUUUUGGUGAUAGUCCUCUGGAGACUGGUAGUCAUAUGGAUCUUCCAUCCUCAUCUCAGAUGGAAACUUCAGCUUCUGCUGUAUCUAGGUUCAACGAUAGACUUAAGAGAUUGUGGCACCGAGCUGUUCAGAGAUGGCCUGUGGUUCUCCCUGUUGCCCGUGAAGUCUUACAACUGGUUCUCCGUGCCAAUUUGAUGCUCUUUUACUUUGAAGGUCUGUAUUAUCAUAUAUCGAAACGUGCAUCCGGGGUUCGUUAUGUUUUCAUAGGAAAGCAAAUGAAUCAGAGACCUAGAUACCAAAUUCUUGGGGUUUUCCUUCUAAUCCAAUUGUGCAUCCUUGCUUCUGAGGCUUUGCGGAGGAGUAAUUUGUCAUCUAUCACAAGCUCAGCUCAGCAAGCGUCUAUAGGAUCUUAUCAAACUUCAGGAGGGAGAGGGUUACCUGUUUUAAACGAAGAGGGAAAUUUGAUAACUUCUGAAGCCGAAAAGGGAAACUGGUCCACGUCCAACUCAACUUCAACUUUGGAGGCAGUAGGGAAAUGCACUCUCUGUUUAAGCAAUCGUCAGCACCCGACAGCCACUCCAUGUGGAGCUGCAUUAUGGAAUGGUGCAAUGAGAAGCAAGAAUGCCCACUUUGUCGUACACCCAAUACCCAUUCAAGUUUGGUUUGUUUGUACCACUCUGAUUUUUAAGCUCCAAUGGGUCAACAAGGACAGCACACCGAAGAAAGGCGAAGCAGCGAAGACCAAGCAAAGGAAAGAAACGAGCCCAAUUUCACCUUAG